AUGACAUUUUAUAUGAUGAGCAUCAAUAAAUUUGAAGAAAUUGAUGAAACUAUUGAAGUUUUAGGUGGAUUGCAUUGUGAAUGGAAUGAUGCUGGAAUAUCGUGGAAUCCUAAUUCUUAUGGUAAUAUACCGUACACUAUUGUGUCAAGUAAACACAUCUGGAAACCUCCAAUGAUUUUAGUAAACGCCGUCGACAAUUUAGCACCCAUUGGAGGGAGUAUAAACAAUCUUGCGACUAUUUAUAGUGACGGAAAUGUGACUUUGGGUUUAGGUGGAAUAUUGUCAGCAAAGUGUACAACGGACAUAUCGAAAUUCCCUUACGAUUCACAGACGUGUAAUUUGAAGUUCGCGGUAUGGGGACUUUCAAAUGAAACUGCCGUGUUAACAGAAAGCUCAGAUCCAAUAAGCAUGUUGUUCUACACACCAAACUCCAACUGGGAUCUAACAUCGUACCAUUCACGGGCUGUGAUAUGGAACCACUAUUCAACAUUUGAGAUUUUUCUUACAAUAAAACGAGAGUCUUUAUAUUAUAGUGUUAUGGUAGUUUGUCCAACCACUCUAUUUGGUUUACUUAACCCGCUAGUGUUUCUACUUCCUGUUGAAUCCGGAGAACGCAUAGGACUUGGUAUGACAAUACUUCUAUCAUACGCAAUUUUUCUUACAUUAGUCUCUGCAGCCAUACCAGCAUCGUCAAAUCCUAUGUGUUACUUGUUAAUCAUAAUGAUAAUGACGAUCGUAAUAAGUGGUGUCAUCGUGGUUAUGUCCAUAUUUAUAACGUAUCUGUACUACAGAGCAGACACGAAGGAAAUGAAUGCUUUUUGGAAACUGAUUGGAUCUCGACUACCAUGGACCCGAAAAAACAAUAUUGUUACUGUAGUUCCAAUUACUGAGGAAAAACAUGUAAUUUGUAAAACCUCUCCUCUUCCUGGAUAUGUAAGUUGGAAGGAUGUAAGUUAUGGACUUGAUAUUUUGUUUUUGAUUGUCUCGUACGUCACAAUGCUCUGUUUGAUAACAACAUUUCACGUAAUUGUAAGUUAACUAUUAAACCCUUUUCAAAUGAAGACUAACUAUAUAGAUAAGUUAAGG